UGGACUGGAUAGUUGUAGACCGAGCCGAGGAGAAGCGUGAACAAACAGAAGUAGAGCCAUAAAGUGAACAUUUGACACUAUCGCAACGCUUUUCGAGACUUGUCACUUUUGCCGCGUGGUUUCAUCUUGUACUGCCAUCAGAGAGAGACACCGACAAAUUAUAACGCGCGCGUGUCUGCUGGCAUGAGCUAACCUACCAGACAUGGAAACCAAACCUUUCUUGUCAUUGGGUUUCCUGAAGCCCCAGUGCUCGAUACCGCCACCCCCUCAGAGAGGACGAGCAGAUGCAUGUACAUGUUUCACUGGCAUGUGCCCUCUUCAUCAGCGCAGACUUUCUACAGAUUCAUGUGGACAGGUGACGUCCUCACCCCUCAGCUCACCUACAUCCCAUCGGGGGAUGCAUCCAUCCCUGCUGAGCCCAACUUCUUUAGGCCCCUCGGGGUCUCUGCACUCCCCCAUCAGCACUCUGAGCUCGCCCAUGAAUGGCCUGGGCUCACCCUUCUCCGUCAUCAGCUCGCCCAUGGGGCCACAUUCCAUGGCGUCACCGGGGAUGGGCUAUGGCCCCAGUGUCAGCCCACAGCUGAACUCUCCCAUGAACUCUGUCAGUAGUUCAGAAGACAUCAAGCCGCCACUGGGCAUUAACGGUGUGAUGAAGGUGCCAGCUCAGCCCUCAGGCACCCCCCUCUCCCUUACCAAACACAUCUGUGCCAUCUGCGGUGACCGCUCUUCAGGUAAACACUACGGUGUGUACAGCUGUGAGGGAUGCAAGGGUUUCUUUAAGAGGACUGUGCGUAAGGACCUGACCUACACCUGCCGAGACAACAAGGACUGUAUUAUAGACAAACGCCAGCGCAACCGCUGCCAGUACUGCCGCUAUCAGAAGUGUUUGGCCAUGGGCAUGAAGAGAGAAGUAUUGUUACAUACAGCCGUCCAGGAGGAGCGCCAGCGAGCUAAGGAACGCAACGAGAACGAGGUGGAAUCGACCAGCAGUGCGAAUGAGGACAUGCCAGUGGAGAAGAUCCUGGAGGCAGAGCUCGCCGUGGAGCCCAAGACAGAGACGUACAUCGAGACCAACCUGGCCAUGCCUUCAAAUUCACCAAAUGAUCCAGUCACAAACAUCUGUCAGGCUGCAGACAAACAGCUCUUCACUCUGGUGGAAUGGGCCAAGAGGAUCCCACAUUUCUCAGAGCUGCCUCUGGAUGACCAGGUCAUUCUUCUUCGAGCAGGGUGGAAUGAGCUCCUCAUUGCAUCAUUUUCACACCGUUCAAUAGCAGUGAAGGAUGGAAUAUUGUUGGCCACAGGAUUACACGUGCACCGGAACAGCGCCCACAGUGCGGGAGUAGGAGCCAUAUUUGACAGGGUACUGACGGAGUUGGUGUCAAAGAUGAGAGACAUGCAGAUGGAUAAAACAGAGCUAGGGUGCCUUCGAGCCAUCGUCCUGUUUAACCCAGACUCCAAAGGCCUGUCGAACCCUGGUGAGGUUGAAGCACUAAGGGAGAAAGUCUAUGCCUCAUUGGAAGCGUAUUGCAAACAAAAGUACCCUGAACAACCUGGAAGGUUUGCUAAGCUCUUGCUACGGCUCCCUGCCCUGCGCUCCAUUGGACUCAAGUGUCUAGAGCACCUGUUCUUCUUCAAACUCAUAGGGGACACACCCAUCGACACCUUCCUCAUGGAGAUGCUGGAGGCGCCCCACCAAAUGACAUAACGCCCUCUUGUCACCGGGGGUAACAAGGGGCUGCCACCCUCCUUGCCCCCCAAACAGAAACUAAUCACGACACCAUUUGCCACAGCGGAGAACCUUCAAAAGCGACUUUGAGUGCCUCCGCUUGACUCAGCGUUUCAAAUAAAAAGUCAUGGCAUCGAUGGGUCUGUUUUAUACCUUGUAUAAAGAUAUAAAUAUACAGUAUAUAUAACACAUACGAAAAAAAGAAAAGAAAAUGGACUUCAAGCUCACAGUGAACAGUGAAGUUUGACAGCAUAUCAAACUGUCCUUCAAUGGGUAUAUGUACAAAAGAAGAUGAAAAACCUAAUAGAUUAGAUUUGAUUGAGGUGCAGUGUUUCAUUGUGCAGUAAUUGCAGGAAUGUCACAAGGGUCAGCAUGGGAAUCUCUGGAUUGGAUAUGUUGAGAUAUAAUGGAUCUUAUGGGAGGGAUCUGGGACUCUAAUUAGCCUCAUGAGGAUGAUGGGUGGGCGGGCUUUAGUGUUAGAUAGGGCCAGCCUCUGCAGAGUGGGCUGGCUUGUCUAAACACAUGAAGACUUAUGGGAGAUGAUAAUGAUGGCAAUGUGGUGAGGCUGGUAGCCUUAAUGGCUUAUGAUACAGGAUCCUAACAAACAUUGUGUUUUCCUGGGUGGGAGCUACCCAGGAUUGUGAGUUUUUGAGAUUACAAUCCUGCUACAGUCAUUCCUGAAAGAAUGUUCUGUGUAAUUAUCAUGAUGUAAUGUCAAGUUGCUCUGGACUAAAGUAUCAGGACAUUUGCAAGUCACCAAGCGAGCGAAUGGAUCAUAAACUCAUGCAGUACUCGGAGCCCGAGCAGCAUCAAAGUUGGGUUGGAGACGCAAUAAGGACUUUAUCUUCAGGAUCACACUGGCAGAGACCUCUGAGUGUCCGAUGAAGAGAAGGGAACAAGCUGGAUUAUGAUCAUUCACACUUCAUUAUGCACUCUAAACACACAUAAGAGUUUCAUAAUUAAAUCUGCGUGUCGCAGAUUUCACUCACUGUUGAACAAGGAAAACUAAGGACUCUUAUGGUGGACACCUAGCCACCUAAAUGUUGCCCACACACCCCACUAUGUGUCUUGUCUGUAUACCAGUUCACCUCAAGCUGUUUCCUAAACUAGCUCAACACUUGUACAGUUUAUUACAACCAGCUCAGUAUUGGUAUCCUGUAUUUUUUAAAUUAUUUUUCAAAAUGUGUGCAGUUACCUCUCUUUCGGUCACUUUUACUAUGGUAUAUUGAGUCUUUUGUGACCCCCAUCCACUCCUGUGUCAACUGUUCACAUGAGCCGUCCCAUGCAGUCAAGCCUUUCGUGCAUCAUUACGAUGUUCUCUAUUUCUAAGCACUUAAUGUCACAUUUCAGGCCCCGAUGUUGUAUUAUUUUAAGAUAACAGAGGUUUUGGGGAUUUUUGUUGGCUCAGAUGGUGAGAAUGUGGUCUUUUGCAUGGAGGAAAAAAGAAGACCGGCAACCAUUCAUAAUCUCCAUACUUCUAAACAAACGUAAAAAAAAAAAUAAAAAUAAAAUAAAAAUACAAAAAAUGAAUGAAUGAAAGAAAGAAAGAAAGAAAGAAAGAAAGAAAGAAAGAAAGAAAGAAAGAAAGAAAAAAGUCGACUUUUCUUCCUCACUGUUUUGUAAGUUUUCUUCUGUUUGGGGUCUACAAUUUACCAUUUUCAGCAUUUUCUUUCAUUCUGUAAGCUGCUGCUAAACUAUGCAUCUAGCAUUUUUCCCAAAGACUGUCCAUUGUGAGUUUGAUGUCUUUUACAAACUGACCAGCCGAAGCUCGUGAUGAAAACUUUGGCUGUGACCACAUAAUGUGCAAGCAUACAGAGACUCCAUGUCCAUGUUAUACUUUCAGGACCAGCAUUGGGGUCUCCAUUCAUGAUACCAGACGACAGUUUGUAUUUUAGACUCAAGUCUUUGCAUAGAGAUUCCGAGGAGUCUGCGCAGUUCAAGUAGGCGGGAAUACUAAGGCAAUGGGAGAGCUGAGACUACCCCUUUGUGGUGGAGAUGCAGCACUGCAACAUUACUUGAAUUUUAUACAAGUAUUUAAUCGGAGAAAAUGGCACUUUUACACGAUAUUGUCAAUGUUUGUUUUUGUUUGAGUGCAGUCUCGCAAACGGUCUUCUGCAAUAGCAUGAUUUAGAUAAUUUGAACAGGUUUAUAAAGAGUGAAGCCGAACCCAAUUUCGAUACUUUUCAUUAAGGAUGUCUCUCUACGCUGUGGAUUCAUUGAAUACCUUCAAUUUUAAAAAUCAGCUUUGCGUCUUAUUACCUCAUUACCUUUAUUUCCUUUACGUGGCAAAUACAUUUUGUUGGCUUCAUCAGGCUUUUAAUGGACAAGUGUAUCGGAUCACAGGUAUCUUGAAGCCAUAUGUAGGUUUAUAAGAUAAACGAAUAAUAAGAAAAUUUCUCAUGUAGGAAAAAAACAAAAACAAAAACAAAUGGCGAGUAUUCUGAACCAAUGCAGAAAUGAUCACCUAGACAGAUUUAAAGACAUAGUUCACCCAAAAAUGAAAAUUAUCUCAUCAUUUACUCACUCAAAUGCCAUCCCAGCAUGACUUACUUUCUUCUGCUGAACACAAACGAAGAUUUUUGGAAUCAGCUCUGUUGGUCCAUUCCAAGCAAGUGAAUGGUGACCAGAACUUUGAAGCUCCAAAAAGCACAUAAAGGCAGCGCAAAAGUAAUCCUUAUGACUCCAGUGGUUAAAUGAUGAGAGAAUGUUCAUGUUUGGGUGAACUAUCCCUUUAAUACAUACACAAAUGCUUUCUAAAAUAAAGCUAUAUUUUGUCUAUAUGUAAAUGUGUAUGUAUAUUUCUAAAUAUGAAAAUAUAUAAAUCCAUUCUUUAAAUGUUUCCAGGUAAUGUUUGCUUAGAUGGAGCCUAGUCUUUUGCUUAAAUCCAGGCCUAAUUGCACUGUAACACUCUCAGAUACUAGAAACAGUUUUUAAAUUUUACUGACAUUUUUGUGUUCAGCCUUGAUUUACAAGAAAUGAAAGAUUUAGAUCAAUACCAGCAAUUCCAAGUUCUAAGAAAAGAUUGUACACCAGCUCCUUGACAGAUAUAUAUAUAUAUAUAUAUAUAUAUAUAUAUA